AUGGUUAAUCCAAAAGGUAUUCGACGUGGUACGCGGUAUAUGUUUGCCAGAAAAUUCCGAAAACAUGGUAUUGAGCCGUUAUCUACAUACUAUAGAAUCUAUAGACGUGGUGAUAUUGUUGAUAUCAAAGGAAAUGGAGCGUUUCAAAAGGGAAUGCCUUUUAAGGCAUAUCACGGACGUACUGGCCGUGUUUUCAAUGUUACUAAACACGCAGUGGGAGUUUUAGUGAACAAACGUGUUAGGCUGUUGUUAUGUAUUACAUUGCUUGCACUGACUUUACCUUUAUACGUAUAUGUUGAUAUCAAAGGAAAUGGAGCGUUUCAAAAGGGAAUGCCUUUUAAGGCAUAUCACGGACGUACUGACCGUGUUUUCAGUGUUACUUUUUGUUUGCGAUUUCAACGUGCAAGCAACAAGACGCUGAUAUACGGAACUAGUAUACUUGUUCCAAGCAGUAGAAUAGUAUUGAAUCGUGUUAUUCAAAAGCGUAUUAACGUUCGUGUGGAACAUGUUAGACCAUCAAAGUGUCGCCAAGAUUUUUUGAACCGAGUAAAAGAAAAUGAGAAAAAAAAGAAGUUAGCUCGUGAAACUGGUGUAAUCGUUCCAAUCCGGCGAAUGCCAGCUGAACCCAGAAAAGCUCACUUAGUCAAGACGCGGUACAACAAACCUCAAUUACUGUGCCCUGUCAGAUUUGAAAUUAUUGCUUGA